AUGAAGGUCCUCGCUAUUCUCUAUAAUGGUUACAAGGCUGCUGAAGAAGAGCCUCGACUACUUGGUACAGUCGAGAAUCAACUUGGGCUUAGGGAGUGGCUGGAGUCUCAAGGACACGAGCUCAUCGUCAGUAGUGACAAGGAAGGACCGAACAGCGAUUUCCAGAAACACCUUGUCGAUGCUGAAGUUUUGAUUACGACCCCCUUCCACCCAGGUUAUCUCACGAGGGACCUCGUCGAGAAGGCAAAGAACCUCAAAAUAUGCAUUACAGCUGGUGUUGGAUCUGAUCACAUCGACCUUAAUGCGGCUGUGGAUCACAAAAUCCAAGUCUUGGAAGUCUCUGGAUCGAACGUGGUCUCUGUUGCAGAGCAUGUUGUGAUGAGCAUUCUCCUCCUAGUUAGGAACUUCAUUCCCGCGCAUGAAAUGAUUGAACGCGGAGACUGGCAAGUUUCGGAUGUUGCCCGCAAUGCCUACGACCUCGAAAACAAGGUCAUCGGUACCAUUGGUGCUGGUCGUAUUGGUUACCGCGUUCUUCAACGACUUGUUCCAUUUGAUCCCAAAGAGCUCAUCUACUAUGACUAUGCUCCUCUACCCGCUGCUGGUGCAGCAGCUGUUAACGCCCGACGGGUCGAGGAUCUCAAGGAAUUUGUGUCUCAAUGUGAUGUCGUCACUGUGAACUGUCCUCUUCACGAAGGAACCCGCGGUCUCAUCAACGACGAUUUGUUGAAACAUUUCAAGAAGGGCGCUUGGUUGGUCAACACCGCUCGUGGUGCAAUUUGUGACAAAGAUGCGGUGGCCCGCGCUUUGAAGAGCGGUCAACUCAGUGGUUAUUCUGGGGACGUGUGGGACGUGCAACCCGCUUCAAAAGACCACGUCUGGCGUACCAUGAAGAAUCCUCUCGGCGGUGGCAACGGCAUGGUCCCUCACUAUUCUGGUACCACUUUGGAUGCUCAAGCACGGUACGCCAACGGAACAAGGAGUAUUUUGGAGAACUACCUCAGUGGCAAGCCUCAGGAGCCCCAGAAUAUCAUCAUUGGCCUCGGUAAAUAUGAGACCAAGGCUUACGGUCAACGCUGA